AUACAACUUGUAAUUUGUCGCUGUAGUGGCUCUCCUCCUUUACAACACUUUUACCACUCAACUUCUUUGGCAUCUUUCUCCUCUACUCAUCUCUUUCCUGUUUCCACCUCCCCAUCUCCCCAAUCUCUCUCUCUAACCUCUCUCUGAUCUCCAUGACUCCUGUUUAUCAUUCUUCUUUUCCUUCUUUUCUAAUAGACCUCAAUGAAGACCAACAACACAACCAUCUCUUCUGUUCUAAACCUACAGAAGAGGCUUCUUCAUCUUCCUCUAUAAUCUACCCAAUUCUCAUCAACCCAUCUCAAGAAGAUGCAGGUUUUUACCAUGGGGAAUUCCACCAGCCAUUUAUACAGCAUCAAGAAGAGGCUGGUGGGUCAUGGGAUCAUCCAGCACUUAAGAACAAGAAAGAGAAUGGCUUCAAAUUAUUUGUUUGUAAGGAAGAAGACAGAAAUGAAGAUCAACGAGAAAACAGUUCAGCUAAGUGGAUGUCUUCAAAGAUGAGGUUGAUGAGGAAGAUGAUGAACUCCGAUCAAAUAGUUGCCAGUACACCAGAGACUUCUAUGCUGAAGUUUGAAGAUGAAAAGGCCCGAUCAUCUCCUUUACAAGAUGAUAAUAGCAACAAAAAUUUGUCUAACAACAGUAACAACGCAAUUAGGGUUUGUGCUGACUGUAACACAACUAAGACCCCUCUAUGGAGGAGUGGACCGAGAGGUCCGAAGUCGCUUUGCAACGCCUGUGGAAUUCGGCAAAGGAAGGCGAGGAGAGCCAUGGCUGCAGCUCAAGCAGGUGCAAAUGGCACAAUUUUUGGUCCUGAGAUAGCAGCCAUGAAGAAAAAGGUGCAAAAUAAAGAGAGAAAAACAAGCAACAGUCAUCUUCCAUUCAAGAAAAGGUGCAAAUUUACAGCACAAGUUCGAGGCAGAAAGAAGCUUUGUUUUGAGGACUUAUCAUUAAUCUUGAGCAAGAAUUCAGCUUUUCAUCAACGAGUUUUCCCUCAAGAUGAGAAGGAAGCUGCAAUCCUACUUAUGGCUCUAUCUUAUGGUCUUGUUCAUGGUUGAAUUUCCCCAACAAAAUAUUUGUUUCCUUCAAUUUUAGAUUAAUUUGUUUGUUUAGCUUUAGAAGAAGAGAGUGCAUAUUUUGUGUGAGAGAAAUGAAAUCAUUAUGUGUGACUGUGAGCAACCAAAAUUCAAUAAGAAAGAAUUAUUAGUGUUGUGA